GCGACACCGAGCCGCAUGUUCAUGUUACUGUGGACGACCGCCGCUCUGAUCGCGCUCCCCGCCUCGAGGCCCGCGCUGGGCGGUCGUGCCGCGCGCUCGCCGCAGCCCUGCUUGCUCGCCGAGCGGCCCUCUUGGCUCGGCUUCAUGGGCCGGAAGGAGCAGAACUGGCCGGGCCACGAUGAGAUCGUGUCUCGCUUCAUGAAGGCUGACGUCGUAUUCCUCAAGCCCGAGGACGACCUGAUGUCGGCGGCGCGCAUCCUCGACGCCUCCGGGAUCACCGGCGCGCCCGUCCUGGACGACGGCAAAGUCGUCGGUAUCCUCUCCCAGACGGACCUGCUGUACAAGGUCGCCGGCCGCGCCUCGCUCAAGCUCGGUGGCGAGGGCGCGGCGAGCGUGCGGUACGCGGAGAACACGGUGCGGCUGCGCAAGAUUGAGGCGGAGACGGUCGCGUCUGCAAUGUCUCGCUCGCCGGCCUGCAUCGAGGAGACGGCGACGAUGCAGGAGGCGGCGGCGCGCAUGCUCAAGGCGCGGCACAACCGGCUGUGCGUGGUCAACCCGGUCGGCCGGCUCGUGGGCAUCAUCACCUCGUCCGACAUUGUGCGGUUGGCGCUGGCCGAGGAGGCAUCCGUGUGAGGGUGGGAGAGGCGCAUCGUCGCCCGCGUACUCGCUACUCCGAGACUCCGCGACAGUGCGCUCGCCCCGCCACGCGCCUCGGACUCUUCGGGCGCCCUGCUGGUCUCUCUCUCCCUCCCUCCCCAUCCGGUCCGAAAAGGUUCGCGUGUGAUUCUCGAUGCUUGGGCAGGGCUUGCCCGCUGCCCCGCACAAGGGGACAGGAGCGGGCACCCUGUUUGACACAGUCAAAGCGCACCGCGACCGCGCGAGGCCCGCUGACUGAGAUCUGACUUCUGAGUGUACUCGAGUCUCUAUUUGAUGCCGUGUGGCGUGUGGCUCUCUUACUACAUUGUGUGGGCUAUUGUCGUGGUACAUCUCUCUCAUCUGAGUCCAGGGCCAUAACGAUUGUGACGAUAAUUGCUUU